CGGUCGCGUCCAACCUGCAGGCGCGUUCUAUCUUAGUAUAUCAAUUGGCAUGAAUGAACAUCAUCACUUUCAUUUUCUUUACCAACCACAAAGCAAUCCGCCAAUAUGUUCAGUAUGUUGCAGACACCCGCGAGUGCACACAAGCAAAUACGCCAUUAUACACCUCAUGUCCCAUCACCCUUAUCCUCAUCACCUCUCCGAACCUCGCCGCCCGUAUCGCCUCUUGAGCCCCGCUCUGUAAAUUUGCCAACGAGGACCCACGCAGUUGGGGACUAUCAAACGGAUUUUAUGAUGUCGCCUGAACAGUCUGGUUCUUCUAAAUCUUCUAGUCCGGAUAAAUUUUCCUUCAUUUCAAAUAAAAAUUCGCCCAACCGGGAAGGAGCCUUUUCAAAGAGGAUUACGAAGACGAAUCCGCUGCUACAUGGACAAGGUGAUGGGAGAGAGACACGCAGGAAGUUAUUCUUGAGGAGGGUUAGAGAGGAUUCAGAAGAUAAAAGAUGGAAGGCUAGAGGGGGUGACGACGAGAUAAUGAGAACAAUUUGGAUUGCAGAACAGAGGCGGAGAGCGGAAAGACAGGCUAGGGAUGCGCAGGGCUGGGCGGUUGAUGUUGACGCGCAAGAUGAGCAGGAUAUGCAGAUGGAAUACGGCGCUGGAAAGCUGACUCUUGGUAUGUUUAUUCUACAUAGAUCCCAGUUUACGAAUGGGCUUGCGGGUAUUUGGCUAACUGAUGUUUUAGAUGAGGCCAUGGCCGAAGAAGUGGCAAGAAACGAGGAAGAGGAAUUAGAGGCUUUAUUAGCAUCCAUGACCGAAGCCGAACGACGACAAACUCUCGAUGAAGCAUAUGAAAAUGUCUCAACACUCGACGAAGAAAUCGGCCCAAUCGAUGAAAAUGAAGCAGCUGCCUGGGUACGUGGAGGUUUCCAACAAUCUUUAAGCCAACAUGAUAUGACUGUUAUGGAUAUUGAACGAAAAGUCAAUUCCUGCUCACCGGAUACACAUUUUGGUAGUGACGAUGGCGAUUACGAUGCCAUUUUCAUGGAUGUCAUACAGCAGGAGUCAAGUGUGUUGAGCCAAGCCCAUGCCCCUAUGGAUAUGCAAGCAGAUCACGAGAUGAUGGACACGGAGAUGAGCUGAUCGUGGUAUAUAAUGGUACAUACUGGUACAUGCUGAGAUGAUAUUGAUUAUAAUGAAUUGGGCGGAUUUUGUUAGCGUUGGUGUU